CGUGGGGCGACCAAUGAGAACCCCGUAGCGCGCGAGAGGAGCCCAGUCGCCAAGAGGUGUUGGUCGUGUGAGGGUCACUCUACCCUGGGAUUUACCUUUAUAUUUGUGUAAAUAGCACCUAUUUUAUAAAACAGACACAAUGUCGGACAAGGAAGAACAAGUACAGCGGGCCAAGCUUGCUGAGCAGGCAGAGAGGUACGAUGAUAUGGCAGCAGCCAUGAAACAGGUCACAGAAACUGGUGUCGAGCUGUCAAAUGAGGAACGUAAUCUUUUGUCAGUAGCCUACAAGAAUGUCGUAGGGGCUCGGAGAAGUUCCUGGCGAGUAAUUUCAUCCAUAGAACAGAAGACAGAAGGUUCAGAGCGAAAACAACAAAUGGCAAAGGAAUACAGAGAGAAGGUCGAAACAGAACUUAGGGAAAUCUGCCAGGAUGUAUUGGGUCUCCUCGACAAGUUCCUUAUUCCCAAAGCCUCCAACCCUGAAUCUAAGGUCUUCUACCUGAAGAUGAAGGGAGAUUAUUACAGGUACCUUGCUGAAGUCGCCACCGGUGAUGCGCGAGCGGGCGUAGUGGACGACUCUCAGAAGUCGUACCAGGAGGCUUUCGACAUCGCCAAGGCAGAGAUGCAGCCCACCCACCCCAUCAGGCUGGGUCUGGCGCUCAACUUCUCCGUCUUCUUCUACGAGAUCCUCAACUCGCCUGAUAAGGCUUGUCAGCUAGCGAAACAGGCAUUCGACGACGCUAUUGCGGAGUUGGAUACGCUAAAUGAAGACUCGUACAAGGAUUCUACGCUCAUAAUGCAGCUCUUGCGAGAUAACUUGACACUUUGGACGAGUGACACGCAGGGCGAAGGAGACGAGGCUAAUGAGGGCGACCAAAACUGAUGAACGCAACCCCUUUUAGCAGGCUCCACUCGACCCUCCACACUCCUACCUACCAGUCAUGAUGCCUGAAGGGUCGACCAUUCCUCACAGCUCACUCUUCACACCGCCAGCGUGGCUACAGUAGUCGAGGCUACGGCUGGGCGCUCCUCAGUGACGCUACGCUCACCACCUCGAUACUCCCGGCCGCCUCACCACCGCAUCAACGGUCGUCCCUCGGCCUCUCUGCUGCCUCAAAUGAACAUCACCUCGAGGAAGUCAAAUCUCGAGUAGACAUCAAUUCUUUCCCAGUGCAUUUGUGACUCACCAUUGAGGAGCAGUCCCGGCUGUUAGGUUAACAAUCGUGCACAGGCUACCCGGCGAGUGUGAUUGUCGCAGCUCUUUGCCACCAUCUCGAAAGAGACUGUGAAGUGAAUAUGACAGUGGGAUCUUCUCUCUGGAACAACGUUGAGAGACAAUUUUGAUAGUGUGAAAUCAACGCUUGGGUCGGCUGGUCGUUUCUAAUGGGGCGGCCAGCCAGACUGCAUUACUUAUUACUGCUAAAUGAACCACUUAGCAUUUUGUACUUCCCAUGGGGUCGGGCUCCCUCGGUCCGCCUCUUUGUAUGUAACGUUGACCGACAGUCAAGAGGACAAACCAACAAGUAUGAAGAGAUUGUUACUGUAUUAACCGGUGGAUCAUGUGGUUGUAGCAAGAAAGAUUAUCUCCUUGAUUUGGAUAAAAUUUGACCACAGAGCUAAAUCGAUAAAGAAAUUUUUUUGAAGAUAAAUAAGAUAUUCGCCUUUAAUGUUACAGCCCAUGAACACACUGUACGUUUAAGAUUAAUACUGUAUUACUUAUUGGUUUAUUAGAUGUGACCCCUUCAAAAUUAAGCUGAUUUUCUGUUAUGUCGUGGCCAGUUGGUGUCUACAAGAUCAAUAAUAAUGCGGUAGAUAUUGACUUUGUUGGAUGUAAGCAUGGAGUAAUGAUGGAAAAUGAUUACUUUAUUUUCAUUUUUUUUCACGUCGCUUUUGAGAAUGAUCGGCGGUCAGGUGAGUCAGAACAGGCAUGGGAAGCAAUAUUGAUUAGAAUAACUUUCACCACAAGGGCGGGAUUCAAUUGGCUACUCAUUUUACCAUCUUCAAAUAGACCCCAUUGGCCAAAAAAAUAUCCGAAAUUGGACUACCAUCACCAACAGGGGAGAGCAUGAUAAAAAGGUAAUAGCGGUAACACUCACGCUCAUCCCACCUCUCCUGACGCCGAGAGUUCUCAUUUGCUUUAUUUGAAGACCAGUGAACUGAGGAGCUUUGUUUUCUCUGGGUUUGUACUUAUAAUCACGAUGAUUUGUAAUAGGCAGAGCACCCAGCGAGGGAGGGAGAAGUACUAUCAGUGCAUCUCUCUAUUGCCUAGCCAACGGUAUUCAGUAAAAUAAAAUAUAAAAAAACAAUGAAUGGUAUUAGAUAUUUCUCAUUCAUUUUGUCAUCAGCAUUAAUGGUAACCAAACACCUCCCCCGUAACAAUUAAUAUUGGUCAAAUCUAAAACAAUAAUAGUCACAACCAUCUGUGCUUGAAAUUGACUGCCAAAUGUGAAAUGUAUUAAGAAAGCGUAAAAUGUUUUGGUGGUAGUUUAGGUCGUCAAAAUUUAACUUUAAAAAAUUCUCGCCCCUUUGUCAAAAUUGCUUUCCUAAAUCAACGUAAUAAACGUUUCAUAUAUA